GUGCAGGAUCCCGGGCAGGCUCAGGGGCUCCGGCCCCGCCGUGGGCCCGGGGCUGCCUCCGCCGCCGCCUCCCUUAGCGGCCGGGCCGGGCCCGGGGGACGGGGCAGGGGCCGGGGCCGCGCCCGUCGGGCCGGGGCCUGCGGCGGAGCCGAGCGGGCGGCAGGAGGAGGCGGCGGCGGCGACCGCGGCGGCCGCUCGCUCCUCCAUCAUGGAGGCCCCGGGGCCGGCCCGCGCGCCCGCCGUGCCUCGCGCGCCUGCGCGGCCGCGCCAACCUCCCCCCCCCCCCCGCCCCCCGGCCCUCCGCGCGCGCUCGCCGGGGCUGGGGGGGUGGGGGCGGAGACGGGAACGAGGCCCGGCGCGCGCCUCGCCCACCCGGGUCGACCCCGACGGCGCGCGUGCGCGCGCGGGGGGCGGGAAGGGGGCGCGCGCCCCGAGGGGGGCAAACGCGACCCAGGCGCCGCGCGGGGGUCGCCCCUGGGAAGAGCGGGACUAGGGGAGGGGUCGCUAUGUGCCCCCCUUCUCCCUCUUCACCCCAAAGAAAGAUUCAAACCCUCUCCAGACCCAAAUCCCACUCUCAUCGACAGUCAAUGUCUGUCACUCUUUGAGAGAAAGGGCGACCACCAUCCUCUCUCAUUCCUGGCCAGGGGCGGUUGUCAUGGUAACCUUUCCCCAGCUCGGAACACCCCAGCCUCCCCUCCCUUCCCCUCCACCUUUGUGGUUAUGGAGUCCCAAACCUUUCCUGUACCUGCACCAGGAGGAGGUUGCUAAGGUAACCUAAGUCCCUUGUGGUCCUUCUUCCCCUACCCUCAUUGGUUACUAUGACAACCUCACCUAGCACUCAGGUAAAAAGGGCCCCAGCCCCAAGGACACUGAUGGCUGAGGGAAACACUUCUUUCCUAACCCCUCCCCCCAGCUACUCAGUUGGCAUUACCAUGGUAACCAUCUCCCCCCUUCCCCAUCGUGGGAGGUCCAUGGACCAAACCCAACAGGUGUUUUUAUUUAGAGAAGAUGCUCUGCUGAGCAGUAGUUGCUAUGGUUACAGAGCCUGGCCCAUCCCCAGAGACGUGAGAAGCAGGCAAGGCCAAGCCCUGGUUACUAUGGUAACGGGGGCAGUCCCCCUUCCUGUGACCCUUGGAACUAGGCCCACUAAGGUACGGGAUGUUUUAUGAUUGUCUCUCAGCAUGGAGUGUGUCUAGGGGAGGAGUUGUCAUGGUAACACCUUCUGUCACUUCCAGCCCUACCUUUCUGGACACAUUCAUGAGAGGGAUGCUUAGAGGUUGCUAUGAUAACUAACAUCCUUCCCUCCCACUCCUAAGAUGCUCCAGGUGGUGCCCAAGCUUGUGCGACUUCAAAAGAAAUGAUUCCCUGACCUUCUCACUGCCACUUUUGUAGAUAAGAUGAAAUUGUGCUCUAUUGUGCAAAAUUGGCUGAUUUGAGGUUUUCUGGUUCUCCUUCCCUCAGCAGUGCAGCUGAGCUGGGCUGGAACCACCUGCCUGGAGCUCCCCCAGCCUGCAACCUAGGAGGAUACCCUGGAGGUCCAGCUAGGGCCUGACUUCGGCCCCAUGCGGCUCACGCGCUGCCAGGCUGCCCUGGCAGCCGCCAUCACCCUCAACCUCCUGGUCCUGUUCUACGUCUCGUGGCUGCAGCACCAGCCCAGGAGCUCCCGGGCCCGGGGCCCCCGCCGUGGAUCUGCCGCCGGCCCCCGCGUCACCGUCCUGGUGCGGGAGUUCGAGGCCUUCGACAACGCGGUGCCCGAGCUGGUGGACUCCUUCCUGCAGCAGGACCCAGCCCAGCCGGUGGUGGUGGCCGCCGACAGCCUCCCCUAUCCGCCCCUGGCCCUGCCCCGCAUCCCCAACGUUCGCCUGGCGCUGCUCCAGCCCGCCCUGGACCGGCCGGCCGCGGCCUCGCGCCCCGAGACCUACGUGGCCACCGAGUUCGUGGCGCUGGUGCCCGACGGCGCGAGGGCCGAGGCUCGGGGCCAGCUGGAGCGCAUGGUGGAGGUGCUCCGGGCGGGAGGCGCACGCCUGGUGGCCGCCCCGGUCGCCUCGGCCAACCCUGCCCGGUGCCUGGCCCUGAAUGUCAGCCUGCGGGAGUGGACGGCCCGCUACGGCCGGGCACCCGCCGCGCCCCACUGCGAUGCCCUGGACGGGGAUGCCGUGGUGCUGCUGCGCGCCCGCGACCUCUUCAACCUCUCGGCGCCCCUGGCCCGGCCCGUGGGCACCGGCCUCUUCCUGCAGACGGCGCUCCGGGGCUGGGCCGUGCAGCUGCUAGACGCGCCCUUCCCCGCGGCGCACCAGCCCCCGCUGGCCACGGCCCACGCGCGCUGGAAGGCGGAGCGCGAGGGGCGCGCGCGGCGGGCGGCGCUCCUGCGGGCGCUGGGCAUCCGCCUGGUGAGCUGGGAGGGCGGGCGGCUCGAGUGGUUCGGCUGCAGCAAGGAGAGCCCGCGCUGCUUCGGGACCGUGGUGGGCGACACGCCGGCCUACCUGUACGAGGAGCGCUGGACGCCCCCGUGCUGCCUGCGCGCGCUCCGGGAGACCGCCCGCUACGUGGUGGGCGUGCUGGAGGCGGCCGGCGUGCGCUACUGGCUGGAGGGCGGCUCGCUGCUGGGGGCGGCCCGGCACGGCGACAUCAUCCCGUGGGACUACGACGUGGACCUGGGCAUCUACCUGGAGGACGUGGGCAACUGCGAGCAGCUGCGCGGGGCCGAGGCGGGCUCGGUGGUGGACGAGCGCGGCUUCGUGUGGGAGAAGGCCGUGGAGGGCGACUUCUUCCGCGUGCAGUACAGCGAGAGCAAUCACCUGCACGUGGACCUGUGGCCCUUCUACCCCCGCAACGGCGUCAUGACCAAGGACACGUGGCUGGACCACCGGCAGGACGUCGAGUUCCCCGAGCACUUCCUGCAGCCUCUCGUGCCCUUGCCCUUCGCCGGCUUCGUAGCGCAGGCGCCGAACGACUACCGCCGCUUCCUGGAGCUCAAGUUCGGCCCCGGGGUCAUCGAGAACCCCGAGUACCCCAACCCCGCGCUCCUGAGUUUGGCGGGAGGCGGCUGAAGCCCUGGCGCCCGCGCAUGCCCCCAGGGGAACAUUCGGGCACGGGGAGCUGGCCUUCGUCUUGGUGCCACUGGCAUUUGGUGGGCGGACCGAGGAUGCCAAGCCGCCCUGCAGGGCCCAGCACAGUCCCAGCCAUCAACGACGCCCCCCCCCCCAAGAUUUCCAAGAACCCGGGCUCCAGGGCUGGGCCAGAGUUUUGGAAAAAGAGGGAGGAAGGGUGUAGGUUCUGGGGCUUGCCUGUCGCGAUUCAGACCCCGGCUCUACCUCUCACUAGGUAGGUGGGCCUGCGCGAGGGGUCCCGGUUUCUCUGUGCCUCAGUUUCCUCCAGGAUUCGCUGAGUACCUGUGUCUAGCACAUGAAGAGCCUCAGGACACUUGGCGGCUUCUGCCACUAGAGGGCGCCCUUGUCCUACCGUGGGGCCGAGGCGACGAGUAGCCAGGACCUCUGCAGCUUGCGCGUGGUCUAGGACAGGCUGACUAUCUGCCGCUCUUCCAGAUUGCGACCUCCUUCCCUUCUGGGAGAGCCCCGUGACCUGCAUGCUGCUCUUAACCCCGUCCUGCAGAGGAGGAAGGAGGCUCAGAGCUCUGCGGGGCAGCGGUGGUUAGAAACUGGGUUCGGAUCCCAGCUCCACUUCUUAUUAACUGUGUAACCUCCUUAUUUUAGCUCUGCACCUGUUUCCCCACUUGCAAAGCAGGGUGCACAAUAAUCAUAGCUCACAUUUACUGAGCACCUACUGUAUACCAGGCAACAUUCUGUGUUUCACACGGAUUCACUGAUUGAUCCCUCACCUCGACCCUCCAAGGUGACAGCUGCUAUUAUUUCCAUUUCACAGAUGAGGAAACUGAGGCCAGAAUGGUAAAGUCACUUGCCGAAGGUCAGACAGCUUAGGAAGUGGCAGAGCAGGGACUUGAACCCAGGUGGUCAGUCUGGAGCCCACACUGGAGUCGCCCACUAUGCCCCUCUCUAAUAACCAUAUAAAGAGGGGCUUUUGGGGGGCGGUACAUACCACGGAGCAGCUAAAGCAAUGGCAGCCUUCCUUUUGUGAUCAUGCACCUAAGAGUAAAUACCCUUUGUGCAUGCGCCCUCAAUAUAUGUAUUUAUUUAGAAAUUAUAUCGUUACUACUAUCAUUCUGUAUAUUAGUAAUCAGGCUUAAAUUAUUCCAUUUUAAAAAUAAAGAUAAAUAUAGAGGUUUCGUUUA